AUGACUGCUUCUAACGAUAUCAAGCUUGCUCCCAAGAACUUUGAGCGGGACCAGGACUUUGCAAAGGCCAUGUACGGCGAUGCUAAAACUGGUGGUUUCACUGCCACGCUCUCCAAAGACCGUAAGGCCCACGAGGCUGCUGUUGAUGGCUACUUCCGUCACUGGGAGCGCGACCACGCUACUCAAACCCAGGAGGACCAGAAGUCGCGUUUGUCCGACUACUCUGAGUUGACCAAGCACUACUACAACCUGGUCACUGACUUUUACGAGUACGGUUGGGGCUCUUCGUUCCACUUCUCCCGCUACUACAAGGGCGAGGCUUUCCGUCAGGCAACUGCCCGUCACGAGCACUACCUUGCGUACAAGAUGAACCUGAAGGAGAACAUGGAGGUCCUUGAUGUUGGUUGUGGUAUUGGUGGGCCUGCACGUGAAAUCACCCGUUUCACCGGCGCCAACAUCACAGGUGUCAACAACAACGACUACCAGAUCAUGCGGGGCAACAACUGGGCCAAGGCUAACAAGCUCGACCACAAGCUCAAGUUGGUUAAAGGUGACUUUAUGCAGCUCGACUUUGCCGACAACAGUUUCGAUGCCGUGUACGCUAUCGAGGCCACUGUCCACGCUCCUGUUCUCGAGACUGUGUAUGCCGAGAUCUACCGUGUUCUCAAACCCGGUGGAACUUUCGGUGUGUACGAGUGGGUCAUGACCGAGAAGUUCGACGAGAACAACGAGUUCCACAAGGAGAUCGUCUACGGUAUCGAGAUCGGUGACGGUAUCCCCAAGAUGUACGGUGUUGACGUCGCCGUCAACGCCCUCAAGAAGGUCGGCUUCGAGAUCCAGAUCCAGGAGGACCUUGCCGACAAGGGCGACGAGAUCCCCUGGUACUACCCUCUUGCUGGUGACUGGCGCUACGUCCAGACUCUGGGUGACCUCUUCACCUUCUGCCGCACCUCCAAGGUUGGUCGCUGGAUGACCACAAAUGCCACCGGUCUCCUUGAGGCUGUCGGCGUUGCCCCCAAGGGCUCUCGCAAGGUCACCGAGGCUCUCGAGCAGGCCGCCGUUCACCUCGUCAACGGUGGUCGCGAGGGCAUCUUCACUCCCAUGAUGCUGUUUGUCUGCCGCAAACCCGAAAAUGCUUCUGCCUAG